CGCUGUGCGCCGCGUGCGUAACCUUGAUGCCCGCGUGCUGCUGGUGGAACAGUCCGCUGCGAUCAUGCAGGCUGCCAUGGAGAUUACAGUACGCUAUUGUCGGAAGGAGAUGGAGGAUUAUGGGAUGUGUGUGGCUUCCAACCCGUCAUCAUGGCAGCAGCAGUGUCAGGAGCUAAAGAUGAAAGUGGCACAGUGCACCUCUUCGCACCCGGUGAUCCGGAAGAUCCGGGCGGACUGCGCGGGGGAGUUUGUGGCGUUUGAGCACUGCCUGCGGGAGCACCAGGCUGCAGUGGGCUCCUGCCACGCCCACGUCUCGCGAUUCCUGGCCUGUGCGGAGACCGUGGACCUUGCUGGCGCCGGGUGCGCCAUUCCACAGCCCACGUAGGAGCCAGCAGUCUCACAUUCCAGCUACCUCUCUGGACUACAUCCGCAGUGUUUUAGAAAUAUAUUUUUUAUUUAUGAUUCUGUCAUGGAAAAACUACAGUCUCAUCAGUAACCUACCUCUAGUAAACACAAACCAUUGUUUUUUGUCACAUGGUAAUAUACAGGACAGUCGAUAGCAUAGAACUGAAUCAAUGAACUGGGUACCAGAGAACCUUUCAUCCCAGUUCUAUCAGGUGAACACACACCUAUAAUUUAUAAACCACAGAUAUGAGGUUUCAGUUUAUUAGUUCUUGUGUUUUUUGCCUUGCGUCUCUCAUUUAGUAACAUGUGAAGUUCUCUUCAUGUAGUAAUGAAUGUGUAAUGGCUGGAAGGGGUAUGUGGUGUCUUUCAGUGCAACAUUUGUCUCUGAACUGCUCUCCGAGCUGAAAUAUCACAGGUGCUGUUUUCAUUAAAGUGGAGAUC